UGCAUUGUCAUAAAGCACAUGUUUAGGUUGGGAUGGUAAAGAUUGCAGAAUUUUGUUCCUCAUAUUAUGCCCUUAAAAUCAAAUCGUAUGAAAUAAUUUUAGUUUAUUACCAUUGCUCUUAUUCCAGUAAAUGACUAACGCUGGAAUAGUUGUCAGUUUCUGCAGGGCACAGCCUGCUCAUUAUGUAUUAAGACUUGGCAUGAAAAGGGAAAAUUAAAUAGUGGUGUUAAAUUUAGGGAACCACUGAUUGAAAACAGCUAAAGGAAAGAAGUUGUAUUUCAGUUUUUGUGUGGGUCAGACACAAAAACUGUAUUUCCUAAUCUGAGAUAAUUGUCACAGAAAUUAAUGUUGGUGAAAUUUGCUGAUGCUUUUGUAACCCGGUAAUGCUAUUCAGUGUCUGCGGUUUUAUUAUGGUUUAACAUUUACUAAUUAUGUAACUUCGGCAUUAAUGGGAUGCCUUGUACAGCUGAAUUUUUUUUUUAAUUUAUCUUAAUUCUGACAUGGUCCUGUAGCAUAAAGAUGUUUUUUUUUUAAAAUUAUGACAUAGUAGUUUCAUAUUACUUUGAGCGGGCUUCUUUAAAAAGUUCCCUGCAUGCGCCCAGACUGAGUUGCACCAACAGGUUUCAAGUUGCAGAAACAGUAUCCUGGCCAUGUUGGAACCCAGCUGGCAGGCCGCCUCGUAUCAAUACACACCAUUUUCACCUGAGAGCGGAAACGGCAGUGAUGCACCAAUGAUUUGACGUCAAAGUCUGGCCCUUUAAUAAGUUUCUCAGUCCGUUUCGUGUUUCCAUUCAUGCCUCCUAAGAGCGCAACAGCAGCUUAACGUCGUAAAAUGACGCGACGCUGCGUUACGUGUGACUCGGCCUUUGUUACGGACUCCACCUCUUUCACGUGAACGCGCCUUAAACCGAAUUAGAAAAUCCUGGGUUAACAAAGCUUGUCGAUAUACCGACCCGGUGACAACGGUCAUCAUUCCUCGGUUCCGUCUCCUGGGCAACUGUUUGACAACGUGACGGAUCCCGGAUCGAACCGUGGCGCCGACCCGGCUCGGUUUCGCAGCGUUUUUCUGCAGCGGAUUACGAUUUGAUUACUAAAUCUAGCAUUGAAACAUCUCGGAUAAGUGCGCGAGCUCGCUCCGCCACACAGGGGAGAGCAGUCGCACGUCGAGACCCGGAUCACAAUGAUGAUGAUGAUGAUGAACGCAGACAGAGAUUACCAGAUGAAUAAAAAGCAGGAGAGGGCUCAUUUCUUCAGCUCCAAGGAGCAAGAACUUAUUUUGAAGUUGUAUGAAGAAGAGCGAGAGAUCCUAACAGCCAAGUCCAACACAACCAGCGCCUCCAAGCUGAGGGAGGAAGCCUGGCAGAGGAUUGCUGAUAAAAUAAAUGCGGUUUCAGACAGUGGCUACAAAAGAACAUGGCAGCAAGUGAAAGUCAAACACAAGAACAUCAUCCAAACAGCAAAAAGAAAAAGGGCCGAGGUGCUGAGGACCGAGGGCGGGUCGGGAAGCCCCUCUCUGACCUCAGCAGAGGAAGACGGGGUGCACAGCAGAGAAAGCACCAUGAGGGUGGAGGUCCUACCAGGAGGCGCCUGCAUCGGCCCCAUCGGUGGAUCCGAUAGCUCCUUUAUGAGUGUGUCAGGCCAUCCGGUCCUCCUCCUGCCCGUCACAAAGACGGAACCAGAGAGCCUGAGCGGCGAUGAGACGGACAUCAGUGAGGCUCAUUUUGAUGGGGAUGUGCAGAACAGCAGUUUUCAGGAGGUCGGCAACCCAGCAGGGGCUACAAGCAGGACCAGACGUGCUGAGAAGCAGACUGAUGAACUAAGGACCCUUUACUGCUGUUACCUCAAAAAGGAGAUGGAGAAUCGGGACCAGGAGAUGGCCUACAGAGCACUGAAGAUGAAGAAGCUGGAAAAGGAAAUCCUGUUACUGGAUAAACAGCUGAUUUGAUUGUGAGAAACAGAACUUUUAACACUAUAAUAGACUUACUAUGUUAUUGUCACCUGACAAAGGACAAUAUUAAUGACAGGUUAGUGAACUGUUAUAAUGAUUCAGUCUCGUCCAAGUCGAAGCAUGAGCAAUUUCAGCUGCUGAUUUUGGUCAGCAGGUGGCAUCCAAUACCUCCAGUUCUCAGAGAAUGUGGAUCUCAAAAACCUUCACAGUUGUAGUUAGGUUUACAUACAAUAAGCUCAAUUUCACAUUUUUAUAGUGUUUGAAUGGUGAAUUUAACAGGUUUUGAAAUUCUUUUUUAUUUAUUUUUUUUAGUUAUUUAAAAAUGAUCACUGUACUACUCAGACAAAGCAAAACCUCAUCGGCUUGACACCACAGUUGACAGUCAAGUCAAUGCCAGUGAAGUUUUACUUAUUAGCUUUAUGAGCUUCAGCAUCUUCCUUGAGUCUUAAUGAAUUAGAAUCUAAUUGAAAAAAUAUAUUUAUUUCAGUAAAUCAGUUUAAAAAAAAUGAAACCACAUAUUUUCCAGAUUUGCUAUUCACAGAGGGAAAUAUAUCAAGUAUUCACUUUUGUUUGUUUUAUUGAUUAUGGUUUACAGUUCAUUUUAAACCAGAAUUUUUUUACUUUUAUCUAAAUAAAAAAAAAAGGAUGAACCAUUGAGCCACAGUCCAGUCGUUUCUGUCUUUAGCUGAGAUAAGACACCUAUGACUUAGUUUCUGGCUCCUUUUUAAACUCUGACACCUUGGGAAUCCUCCCCUCCACCUACAUUUGCUAUAUUUUAUACAUUAUGUUUUCUUUCCACUCAACUUUCCAUUAAUUUGCUUGGACAUUACCAUUCAAACAGCCAGCUAGCAACGCUUUAUUUAUUAUUCCUAAGUAAUACUCUAAUUUAUUCAGAAACUGAAAGUGAGUGUUUCAUUAUCUGUAUGCCAUGAUCAUUAAAAUUAACAAAAACCAAACGCUUGAAAUAUAUCACUCUGAGUUUCACUUUUCAAAUUCAACCGAUAAAUUAUUGAACUACAUGUUACUGAAAUGUGCCUGCAGGUAUAAUCUUUCUAAAAGAUAAUUGAAUCCUGCGUUGGCAGCCUGCAGUAACUGUAGAAGUGGGCUGCCAUAGUAGGCAGGUUUAUAAGAAUAUUGUGCAUUUGGAACCCUGCUUUGGGUUUUUCUGUAUUUAUCCUACUGUAGUGUAGCUAAAACAAAGGGAGUCGUGUCAUUAACGACACAAUCAGAGCUAGAGUAGGCUUUUAGAGUCACAGAAGAUGCCACACUCAGACAUAUUUGUUAGUCUUGUCUCAGAGUCCUAGCAAAUUGCUUUUAAUAUUUGUACAAUAUAGUUCUGCUGUAAGUUGGAGAUCGUUUCUGAGUGUUUUUCUAGAGUUGAUCAAACUGAUCAAACUCCCACUUUCCCAAUGCUGCACUUUUUCAAUGACUUGAUUUAACAUUUAUGACAUCUGACUGUUCAGUUGGGUAAUAGGAAACGCUAACGACGGCGCAAAAUAUUACGUUGUAAACAUUAGAAUUUUUUUUUUACCGUUUUGAAAUUUUAGGAGACAGUAUUAUAAGCCAAUAAUAAGUUAUGAAAUGCUUUUACAUUUACUAUUUGGUUGCAGUUUACAAAGCAUGUUGUCCUCAGAUUACUUGACAUGUUUUAAUUUCUUGUUCAGUGUGGACAUGUUGUAGUGACCUCACUAAUAUCUAGAAUUAUGUAAAAAAAAAAAAAAAAAGUGAGACAUUUGGGCUUGUUUUAGUCUUUUUUAAACAUUGUCAUUCUGCUGUAUUUUAAUGUUGAAUUCUUUCAUUUUUAUGCAAUCAUAGUCAGUAACAAUGGAAUUCUUCAAACAUGUUCUAUUUACAAUUUUGUUUUUAAUUAUUUGUGUGUUUCUAAACUGCUGUAAGUACAUUUGUAUUUAUUUCUCCUUUUUUAUUUCAUGAUUUUUGUAUGCAAUUACUAAAACACUAGUUUGUCAUAAAAAUCUGUCUCCUGUUGUGAAUGGGUUCUUAGCCAUCAGGAGAUUAUUCUACAAAAUCAGGUGUGUUAAGGAGUCCCAAAUCCGUCAGUGCGCGGCUUGCGCGUCCGUGGCGCUCUGAGAGGCCUGGCCAUUCUCCAGUGGAUCCACAGCGAGGACCGCUCCGAUUUUAAACACUCAGAGGCAGCAUGAAACUCAGGGUGCGGAGAAAAUACGGAGAUUUCAAGUCAGAACAUCGAAAUCUGUCCAGCCGUGUCUUUUUCGGAGCAUCUCCUAGCAACGGUGGUCGCUCUUUCAGGCAGCCGUUAGUUCCACAGAUCCACAGGCUGCGCGCGGCGGCCACGCCAUGGCGGCCAUAGACAUAAUAUAAGAGUAGACCCCGCAUUGGCUGCUCCCGCGCAGGAAAUAC